CAUUUUCGUGACGAUUAAUUCCGCUUGUGUGUGUGUUUGACAGUUGUUAGGUUAGGGAAGAAUCUAUCUCAAAAGUGUCACUUUUUUUUUGGGCAAAAAAAAAAAUUAUUUUCUUUUAAAUAAAUAUUUUGUCCCCCUCUCUCCCCCUUUUUUUUACUCUAUUUCGCGAUGUUUGAUUGUGAUAGUUUCGAUUCAUUGCAAAUGGAAUUCGAAUGGGUUCUUCAUGAAGAAGUACAUUCGUCACUUUCACAUCUUCGGAAUAUUUUGAUGGAAUGUGCGCAACGAUUUCCAAUGGCACUUUUUGGAAAUGAUCAACAAAAUAAAACUGAUCGAUUUGUUUUUGCUGCUCCUCACGAUUUUGUGAAAUGCGUCGUUGUUCUUACUGGCGAUAGCAUCACAAAUGCCGAAGUAAAUUUUAAAGUACAACGUCAACAAAAUGUGAAUAUGAGAACAAGUAUACAAAAUGAUCAUCCAUGGAAAUUACAACAAAUUCAGGAUGCCGCUAAUCAUUUACAACAGGCAAUUGCACAUAUUGAUAAUGUUGAUCGUCAUUAUUCAUUUAAAACAUCCGAUGAAGUUAUGCAUGUUUUAGGAAAUAUUUUAGGUUGCCUACAACGAAGUCGAACAAGUCUCAUUGUACCAAGAAAAAAAAAUCUCGACGAUCUCAUCAAAAGUCGUAAUAUGAAAUCAUUGAAUCCAAAUUUGCCGGAAAAUUUGGCAAUUAGUUUCUACAUUCAAAGUUAUAAAUUGGUGCUUGCUGUUUAUCAAUUGGAAAAUGCACAUGGCAGUGUUAAAUAUGAAACACAACAAGCCGAAUGCAGUGUUCCCUGGCUUAAUGAAGCACUCGUUCUAUUGACAAUAGCUCUACAAUUGUGUCAAAGACUCAAGGACAAGAUUUGCGUUUUUUCGCAAUACAAAGACUUCACGGUGGGAUCGCGAGUUCCAUCAGCAAUGGGAUGGUAACAAAAUAAUUAUUCGAUAAUUCAAGAAAAAUUCCAAAUGAGUAAAAAGAAAAAUGCGAAGAGUACUUUGCCAAUAACGUGCCUAGUCUAGAAUUUUUUUUUUUUUAAAUUAAUUAUUGUUAUUAGGUAUUAUUAUUAUACUCUAAGUCUUAAUAAUAAUUUAUUAUAUUAUUUGUUUUUUUUGUUUGUAAAUGUAUCUCAGGUGUUCGUCCCUUCGUUUGUUUUUGUAUAGAAUAAUAAUUAAAAAUUUAGCAAAUGAAUUUUAAAUGAAAAAAAAAAAACGAACACAAAAAUUUUCAACAAAAUGAAACAAAAAACAAAAAAAAAAAUUGAGUGUCUACAUAUUUUAAUAUAUGUAAUAAUCAUUGCCAUUGUUUAUAUUGCGAAAAAAAUUAUUAUUAAUAUUAAUAAUAUUAUUAAUUAUUAAUAUAAUAAUAAUAUUAUUAUUAUUAUUAUUAUUAUUAUUAUUAUUAUUAUUAUUAUUAUUAUUAUUAUCAUUAUUUAGAAGAGAAAAAAACCAAUUUUAUAGAAAUAAUGUUAACAAAGGUAAAAAAAAAAUCUUUUUCCUUCGUUUUUCAAAUACUCUUUUUUCAUUGAAAAAUUAUUUUUUUUUUCCACAUUUUGCAAAAAUGGAAAAAAAUUUUUUUUAACUAAUUUCAAAUUAGAAAAUUAUUUUUUAAAAAUUUGUGCAUUUUAAAAGAAGAAAACAAAUGAAAAAUAUUUAAGAGUUUCAAAUAUUGCAAACAUUUUUUUUUUUUUAUUUCUUUUACUUAAAAAAAAUUUUUUUUUUAAUUUUUGCAAUAUUUCUCAACAAUUUUAUAAUUAUGUAUUUAUAUUUUUUUUUAGAUUUUUUUUUCUAAGUUUUGCAAUAGAAUUUUCCCCAUCACAAUUUUUCCCCUUAAAAAAUAUUUAUAAUAAUUUUAUAUUUUAUAAAUUUUAUUUAUUUAUUUAUUUAUUCUUUUUCUUUUUUAAUUUAAUUUAUAUUUUAUAUAUUUAGAAUAAUUUUUAAUAUGAAAAUAUAUUUUUACUGCUGAGAAUUAAGAGAGAAAUAGAAAAAAAAAAAAAAAAGAAAGAGUUCUUUUUUUUUUGGAAAACGUUGGAAAAGGACAAUUUUUUCAAAAAAGAAACAAUGUUAAUGAAAAAAAGAAAGAAAAGAAAAUGAAUGAAUUAUUUUAUUAUAUUUCGAGGGAAAUUAUUUUGUGACUAAUUUACAGAUACUAAAUUUUAUUUUUUUUCUCUACUUGUUUUAUCAAUUUAUUUUUUGUAAAUAUUUUUCUAUUUUCUAUUUUUCAUUACUAAAAUUUUAUUUAUAUUUUCUAUUUUACAAAACUAAAAACUAAAAAUAAAAUCCUAUUGAAUAGAAAAAGAGAAAAUAUGAAAAAAAAAAAAAAAAAAAAUUCAAAUAGUAACAAUAAUUUGUCCCGUCAAUGUAAUAAAUAAAUAACAUAAAUUCCGUAUAUAUUUUUUAUCUAUUUAACAAAAAUUCUUCGAAUCGAAAUACAAUAAAAUAAUCCAAUUACUAAAAAAAAAAAAAAAGAAAAUUGUCGAAUUAAUCGUUUUUGCGCAUAUUGUAAGUAUUUAUCAUCUUUAACACACACACACAUAUAUAUAUAAAAUAUUGUUAAUCGAUUAUUAUUAUUAUUGUUAUAGCGAGUGUCGUUUUAUUAAAUUACAAAAAAAAUACCUACAAUUAAUUAUAAAUUAACAAAAAAAAAAAAUUAGCGUCAAUUACUUUUGUGAGUAUAAGACGAAAAAAAAAUCAAUUUGUGAUGUAAACGCGGUGGAAAUAGAAAAAAAAAAAAAAAAAAAGAAUUGUUCUUCACGAAAUAUUUUGAAAAUAAUGAAUUUUCCCUCCCUCCUUCAAAAAAUAAUUCAGUACUUAUCGGACGAGUUUUUUCUCCCUUUCAAUAAAAAAAAAAAAAAAAAAAAAAAAAAAAAA